CCAACAUAUAGAUCACAUCUGUCAAAGGGCAAAGUCUCUUAACACACCUUCACCAUCAAUGGGUUCUCUUAUUUCCCCCGUUGUUCCGGUCAUCGACUUCAACAACAAGGACUUGAAACAAGGGACAAGCUCAUGGGCUUUGGCGAUGAAACAAGUGUGCCAUGGCCUUCAAGAGUUCGGUUGUUUCGUAGCUUUGUACGACGGCGUUCCUCCGGAGCUCGACGGCUCAAUCUUCAAGGCCACCGAUGAGUUGUUCAGCCUCCCCACGGAGAUCAAGAGCCAGAAUGUCAGCGACAAGCCUUACCACGGCUAUGUCGGCCAAGUCUCCCUCAUUCCCCUCCACGAAGGCUUGGGAAUCGACAACGUUACGGAUCUGGAAGAAGUGGGCAGGUUCACCAAGCUCAUGUGGCCCGAUGGGAACGACCACUUCUGCGAGGUUGCGUACUCUUACUCAAUGAAAGUGGCUGAGCUAGAUCAUAUGGUGGUGAGGAUGAUCUUUGAGAACUACGGCGUGGAGAAGCACUACGAUUCUCAUGUCGCUUCCACUAGCUAUCUCCUUCGGUUCUUGAAGUAUAGGGCGCCCGAGACUAGCGACCAGGGUGACAAUGCCAUACCCCGCCACACCGAUAAGACCUUCUUGUCUAUACUUCACCAAAACCGCAUCAACGGCUUGGAAAUCAAGACCAAGGAAGGCGAGUGGAUCGGGUUCGACCUCCCUCCGAAUGCUUUCGUUGUCAUGGCGGGUGAUGCGAGCAUGGGUUGGAGCAAUGACAGGAUACGUUCAUGUGAUCAUCGAGUGGCCAUGAAGGCAAGCACCACCCGGUACACUCUGGGCUUGUUCUCGUUCCUUAGCGGCAUGGUUCAGGUGCCUCAAGAGCUCAUCGACGAGAACCACCCUCUCAAGUAUAAGCCAUUCGACAACGUGGGGAUGAUCCAUUUCUACGCCUCUGACGAGGGUCGCAAGCAUGAGUACACAGUCAAGGCUUAUUGCGGAAUCGAAACCCCGAUCAUCUGAUUAAUUAUAAGCUCAAUAAGCCCCUUGUUAUUUAUGUAAUUGUGUGUUGGUGUGUAAUUUGGCAAUGUUGCUUCAAAUGGUCUGUCGUUUCUAUUUUCCUUAAUGGAAUAAUCAUGUUAUGAGGACUCUCGCAAGUUUGUCAUGUCAGAAUAUUGGCUUCUUCUGCUUUUACAAUGAAAUUUGAUUAGCCUA